GCGAUGGAGCACCUGCUGGUAGCUAUGGCUAUACCAACAGUGGAUACAGUGUUUAUGAAGAAGAAAAUGAAAGGUUAACAGAAAGUCUGCGUACAAAAGUCAGUGCCAUUAAAUCACUUUCCAUUGAAAUUGGAACAGAAGUUAAAAACCAAAAUAAAAUGUUAUCAGAAAUG